CUCCUCCUACUCUCGGGUCCUAUUCUCUCUCUCAGACGGAGCUCGGCGUCUCCACCGGCCGCAUUUCACCGCGCAACUACCCUGGCUUCCGAGCGCAGAAACUUCAUGGGACGGAGGUGGACCUGCACCGGCUGGGAUUCAGCACUCUUUCCCUUCCUCCAACCUCAGCUGCGGAGGAUCUGAACGGUCAGUUAAUUUUUUCCAACCCAAUGUGAGGGCAUAUUUUCCGCUCUGGUCUCUUUGGUGAUGCCUCCAGACUCGAGCUGCUCCGGGACGCACCCGAACCCGACAGGUGCACAUCUUAUACACGACCAAAUACUUUGUGAAAGCUGGUUGCGCGGAAAGAUGAAAGAAAACUGAUUUUUUUUUUUGUGUGUGUGUGGCGGAUUCAAGUUAAGAUUGUCGCUUUUUUGGACCGAUUACCAGAAACCAGAGAUGGAUCAAUCAUUUGGGAAAACGCAUCAGUUUGAUCUUGCGGGUUAGACAGAACCACACGAUGCUGCUUCCAUUCUCGAGGCUACUGUGUUUGUGGCUGUGCAGCGAGGCCGUCGCGAGUCAGCUCGUCUGGCAGAAAACAAAGACGACUUUCAGUCCUCAUUAUGAAUCCACCGCCGCUGAAAAGAAUGCGCAGAGCCGGAGAUGGAGUACUGUCCCCGGGGAGGACAAUGGAGGGACGUUCGGUGCGAAUACGCAGGCCUCAUUGCUGGAUACUGUAAAGCCGUCAUCCUCUGACCUGCCAGGGACACAGAUACCCUGGCGCGCUGUGCGUAAAAGCCAGGCGCAAAAUGGAGUGGGACGCAUCCGACGGGUACCCGGAGACGAAGCUUUACGCACGGAUGUAAACAAAGCCGGUGAGCCGCGAGUGAGUGGUCAAUGCAGCCCGGGAGAAGUGCUUAAACAAACCCCGCAUGGACGCACGUGUAGCCUCGGGAGAACCGGACACAACCGGCGGCAGAGACGGAGCGCUAAACUCUGCAGGAGGAAGCGGAACGAGCCGAUGCAGGACGGAGCCGCCAUGGCGCAGGAACAUGAGCCCGGAACCCCCUUCGGACUCAACACCAGUGACUAUGAGGAGGAGUACUCUCUGCCGGACUUUUCCGACACCACGCCGUUCGGGCCGGUGAACCCGCGGACGCGACGGAAGCAGUUGAAGAACCCGUUCUACCCGGUCACCGCUGAGGCGUACGGAGCGUACGCGGUCAUGAUCGCCGCCGCCGUCAUCUUCAGCGUGGGGAUCAUCGGGAACGUGUCGCUCAUGUGCAUCGUGUGUCACAACUACUACAUGAGGAGCAUCUCCAACUCGCUGCUGGCCAACCUCGCGCUCUGGGACUUCGUCAUCAUCUUCUUCUGCUUGCCGCUCGUGGUGUUCCACGAGCUCACCAAGCACUGGCUGCUGGGGGAGUUCUCGUGCAGGAUCAUCCCCUACCUGGAGGUGGCUUCUCUCGGCGUCACUACCUUCACGCUGUGCGCUCUGUGCAUCGACCGUUUCCGUGCUGCCACCAACGUGCAAAUGUACUAUGAGAUGAUCGAGAACUGGGCAUCCACUACGGCCAAGCUUGCCGUCAUCUGGGUGGGCGCUCUGCUACUGGCGCUGCCCGAGCUGCUGAUCCGACAGCUGGUCACCGAGGACGGCGACCCGCCCGACGUAACGCCGUGCGAGCGCUGCGUGGUCCGCAUCUCCACUGACCUCCCGGACACGCUGUACGUCCUUGGACUCACCUACGAUGGAGCUCGCCUCUGGUGGUACUUCGGCUGCUACUUCUGCCUUCCGACACUGUUCACGAUUUUCAGCUCGCUGGUCACCGCGCGCAAGAUCCGCCACGCUGAGCGCACCUGCGUCCGCGGCAGCAAGAAGCAGAUCCAGCUGGAGAGCCAGAUGAACUGCGCCGUGGUGGCGCUGGCCAUCCUCUACGGCUUCUGCAUCAUUCCGGAGAACAUCUGCAACAUCAUCAGCGUGUACAUGGCGGCCGGCAUUCCCAAGAGAACCCUGGACAUCCUGCACCUGGUCAGCCAGAUGCUGCUCUUCUGUAAGUCCGCGGUGACGCCGGUGCUGCUCUUCUGCCUAUGCCAGCCGUUCACCAAAGCCUUCCUGGACUGUUGCUGCUGCUGCUGCGAAGAGUGCGGCCCGCCCCGCUCCGCCGCCGCCACCAGCGACGCUGACAACGAAUGCACCACCAUCGAGUUGGAGCUGUCGCCAUUUAGCACCAUCCACAGGGAGCCGUCCACUUCCUACAGCGCUGUGGGGACGCACUGCUGAGGGCAAAGGUCAACACCGUUAAACGGGUUUCAUGCUUCUUGCAUUUAGCGCGGAUGGCAGGCAUGGUCGCCGCAAACCGCCUGGUCUUUCAUAAAGUUUCACAUAUGCAGACCCUCCAGGCACAGUCACUCAGGCCACGUUUGCGACAUAUCGUCCAGACCGCUCCGAUCGCCCUGAACACAAGAAGCAUGAAACACAUUUUUGGCGGAGCUUCUUCUGGGUCGUUCGGAGUCUGAUUGGUGGACGCGUUGACAUAUCAGGCUGUAAAUUCCUUAGUUAAAACUGUUGGACACAUAUG